ACGUCGACCUGUGAUCUGAUUGUCACAUGAUUGUUUUCUGCGUUUAAAAGGCAGCACAAAGAGCAAUAGUUUGAUUGAAUUUGAAGAGCUGCAAUCACAUGUUUAGUAUCAAAAUGCGUCUCAUAGUGUUAUUAAUUGUUGCCAUUAAUGUUGCUGCAUGUUUUGGACUACACAGAAUCAAGCUGCACAAAGCCAAGUCAGCGAGAAGGACAUUGGAAGAAGUUGGCACAUCCAUAGAAUCUCUCAGACUAAAAUACUUAGCCAAAGAUUACCAUUUAGGGGGACCUGUUCCAGAGCCUUUGACAAAUUAUCUUGAUGCUCAAUAUUAUGGUGAGAUUGGUAUUGGAUCUCCCGCCCAGACCUUCAAUGUUGUGUUUGACACAGGAUCUUCCAAUCUUUGGGUACCAUCCAAGAAAUGCCACAUAACAGAUAUUGCCUGUUUGUUGCACAACAAGUAUGACAGCACAAAGUCAUCUACGUACAAGGCAAAUGGAACAACCUUCGCCAUUCAAUACGGAUCUGGCUCCCUCAAAGGCUUUCUCAGCACCGACACUGUUACAAUUGGCUCUCUGAAGAUCAAAGACCAGACAUUUGCUGAGGCGACAGACCAGCCAGGUAUAACGUUUGUUGCCGCCAAGUUUGAUGGCAUUCUGGGUAUGGGAUACAGCACAAUCUCAGUGGACGGAGUAACGCCGGUGUUUGACAACGCUGUACAAGAGGGACUCGUGAGCCCAGCCAUGUUCUCAUUCUGGCUCGACAGAAACCCGGCCAGCUCAGAAGGUGGAGAGCUGAUCUUCGGAGGUAGUGACCCUAAGAAGUAUACGGGAGAUUUCUCUUACCUGAACGUCACCAGAAAGGGCUACUGGCAGUUCAAGAUGGAUGGUGUGAAGGUUUCCACAAACACAUUCUGUAAGGGUGGCUGCGAGGCUAUUGCAGACACUGGUACCUCUCUCUUGGCUGGCCCAUCCUCUGAAAUUCAAGCUCUUAACAAGAUGAUUGGAGCCACGCCCAUUGUAGGCGGAGAGUACAUUAUUGACUGUGGCAAAAUUAACACACUUCCCCCAGUUGUUUUCACUCUUGGCGGCAAGGACUUCACUCUGACAGGACAAGAAUAUGUGCUUAAGGUAAAAGCAGGAGGACAGACCAUGUGUAUAUCAGGAUUUAUCGGCCUUGAUGUCCCAGCACCUCUCGGACCUCUGUGGAUUCUCGGUGACAUCUUUAUUGGCAAAUACUACACUGAGUUCGACAAAGUGAAUAACCGUGUUGGAUUGGCUAAAGCUGUGCAGAAUUCCACCUCCAAUUCCUCUGUUGAUGCCUUUGAAAUGUACCGCUUGGAACCAGCUAGGCUUAAAACUGGGGAAGAUGUGUCUGUUACAUUUUAUUAGGAAUCUGAUAUUGAUGAUACAUAGGAACUAAAUGUGUAAUACCUGAUUGGAGAGAUAGUAGUUUAUGUUUGAUUUGCCCAUCAGAUAUUGAUGUUAAUGAACAUUGACAUUUAUACAGAUAUUACACAAAAAUAUGAAGGUUUACACAGGAAAAAGAAUCAUAAGAGCAUUAUAGAGUUCAUCUAUGUAAUACAUAACCUUACGCUAGUUAUUUAAUAAUAUGACACAUGUGACCGAGAAUGAACUUUGCACUUUGUGAUAUCAUUAUUAUGAUCUUAGAAAUUAAUCCAGUAUAUUAAGUACUUUAUUAUGCCCCCCAUCGAAGAAGAGGGGUAUAUUGCUUUGCACAGGCAUGUCGGUCGGUCGGUAGACCAAAGUUUGUCCGAGAGAUAACUCAACAAUUCCUGGACGUAUGGUCAUCAAACUUGACAUGAAGGUUGGGCCUGACCAGUAGAUGACCCCUAUUGAUUUUAGGGCUCAUCGGGUCAAAGGUCAAGGUCACAGUGACCUUUAAUGGUAAAAUAAUUUUAAUGCUUGUCCGAGUGAUAACUCAACAAUGCCUAGACCUAUGGUCAUCAAACUUGAUAUGUUGGGCCUGACCAUUAGAUGACCACUAUUGUUUUUGGGGGUCAUCGGGCCAAAGGUCAAGGUCACAGUGACCUUGAUUGGUAAAAGGAUGUCCAAGUGAUAACUCGACAAUGCCUGCACCUUUGGCCCUCAUUCUUGACUUGGAGGUUGGGCCUGACCAGUAGCUGACACCUAUUGUUUUUGGGGCUCAUCAGGUCAAAGAUCAAGGUCAUAGUGACAUUGAAUGGUAAAAGGUUGUCAGAGUGAUAACUCAACAAUGCCUGCACCCAUGGCCCUCAUAAUUGACUUGGAGGUUGGGCCUGACCAGUAGAUGACCCCUAUUGUUUUUUGGGGUCAUUGGGCCAAAGGUCAAGGUCACAGUGACCUUGAAUGGUAAAAGGUUGUCUGUGUCAUUACUCGACAAUGCCUGCACCUAUGGCCCUCAAACUUGACUUGGUUGUUGGGUCUGACCAGUAGAUGACCCCUAUUGUUUUAGGGGGUCAUCGGGCCAAAGGUCAAGGCCACAGUGACCUUGAAUAGUAAAAGGUUGUCGGAGUGAUAACUCAACAAUGCCUGCACCCACGGCCAUCAAACUUGAAUUGGAGGUUGGGCCUGAACAGUAGAUGGCCGCUAUUGAUUUUAGGGGUCAUUGGGCCAAAGGUCAAGGUAACAGUGACUUUGAUCGAUAAAAGGUUGCCCGAGUGAUAACUCAACAAUGCCUGCACCCAUGGCCCUCAAACUUGACUUGGAGGUUGGGCCUGACCAGUAGAUGACCCCUAUUGAUUUAAGGGGUCAGAGGUCAAGGUCACAGUGACCUUGAAAGCAAACUCGACAAUUCCUGGACCGAUGGUUAUCAAACUUGACAUGAAGGUUGGGCCUGACCAGUAGAUGACCCCUCUUGACUUUGGGGGUCAUCAGGUCAAGGUCACAGUAACCUUUAAUGCAAAAAAGUUACCAAAUCUUCUCCCAGUGAUAUCUCAACAAUGCCUGAAUCUAUGAUCAUCAAACUUGACAUGUAAGUUGGGCCUGACCAGGAGAUGACCCUUAUUGAUUUUAGGAGUCAUUGGGUCAAAUAUCAGGUUCACAGUGACCUUGAAUGCGAAAAUGUUUCAAGUGAUAAUUGGACAAUGCCUGCACCCAUGGCCCUCAAACUUGACUUGGAGUUGUGUCUGACCUGUAGAUGACCCCUUAUGAAUUAAGAGGUCAUUGGAUCAAAGGUCAAGGUUACAGUGACCUUGAACGAAAAAUGCUUGUCUGUGUGAUAACUUGUCAAUGCCUGCACCCAUGGCCCUCAAACUUAACAUUUAGAUUUUUGGUGACCAGCUGAUGACUACUAUGGAUUUUGAGGUCAUAGGUCAUGGUCAUAACACACUCUAUCCUCAAACUUCGAAUGGUCAUAAUCUUAAAACUGCCUCAACGGCAUACAAUGUUAGCGACAAAUCAGCUGUCAUUUCGGUCCAUGCAAAUUUCAUUCAAUUGUCCAUAUAAUCCUGACAACAUGGCGCUCAGGGGGGGGGGGGGGGGGGGGGGCAUAAUGUUUGACAAACAUCUCUUGUUAUAAUGUAUAUUGUGGAUUUUGUGGAUUUUUGUGGAUUCAAUUUGUCUUCAUUAUUAGGUAUGUGUAUUUGCCAAAAUUGUCCCAAGGAUAUAGGCAAAGUGGAAUGUUUUUAUAUCAUUAGUUUUACAUAGUUGUCCAUCUCUUUUUUUAUUUCUGUAAAAUCUUAGAUAAAUAAGAAUUUAUAUUUGAUUAUAAUUUUAUGUGUAUAUGGCAUAACUAUGUUUAAUGAACUGAGGCAGAAACAAAGGUUUGUUCACAUUUACACAACUGCAAGGUUGCUCAUAUAUUUAUACCCCCGACAAACAAAGUUUGAAGGGGGUAUUGGAGUCACCCUGUGGUCGGUCGGUUGGUCGGCCAGUCCGUUGCAAUUUACCUUGUCCGGAGCAUAACUUAAAAACUACUGGAUGGAAUUGGAUUUAACUUCAUACAAUGAUAGAGCAUAAUAAGAGGAAGUGCAGUGUACAAUAACCAUAACUCUAUUCUUGUUUAUUACUGAGUUAUUGCCCUUUGUUACUUUUUUCGUCCGGAGUAUAACUUGAAAAGUACUGGACGGAAUUCAUUGGAGCUUCAUAUAAUGGUAAAGCACAAUGAGAGGAAGUGCAGUGUUCAUGAACCAUAACUCUACUUUAGCUAAUUACUGAGUUAUUGCCCUUUAUUUAUUUUUUUAGCUGUCAAAUAUUUUUUCCAGAGAUUAACAUGCAAACUACUAGAUUGAAUUUAUUAAAACUUAAUACAAUGGUAGAGCACAAUGAAAGGAAGUGCAGUGAGCAGGAACCGCAAUUCUAUUUCAGCCAAUUACAGAGUUACUGCCCUUUGUUACUUUUUCUUGUCCGGAGCAUAACUUGAAAACUAUUGGAUGGAAUUUAUUAAAACUUAAUACAAUGGUAAAGCACAAUGAGAGGAAGUGCAGUGCACAAGAACCAUAACUCUAUUUUAGCUAAUUACAGAGUUACUGCACUUUGUUACUUUUUUCUUGUCCGGAGCAUAACUUGAAAACUAUUGGAUGGAAUUUAUUAAAACUUCAUACAGUGAUAGAUCAUAAUGAGAGGGAGUGCAGUGUACAGGAACCGCAAUUCUAUUUCAGCUAAUUACAAAGUUAUUGCCCUUUGUUACUUUUUCUUGUCCAGAGCAUAACUUGAAAACUAUUGGAUGGAAUUUAAUAAAACUUCAUACAAUGAUAGAUCAUAAUGAGAGGGAGUGUAGUGAACAUGAACCACAAUUCUAUUUCAGCUAAUUACAGAGUUACUGCCCUUUGUUAUUUUUUCUUGUCCGGAGCAUAACUAGAAAACUAUUUGAUGGAAUUAAAUAUAACUUCAUACAGUGAUAUAUCAUAAUGAGAGAAAAUGCAGUGUACAGGAACCGCAAUUCUAUUUCAGCCAAUUACACAAAGUUACUGCCCUUUGUGACUUUUUUCUUGUCCGGAGCAUAACUUGAAAACUACCGGAUAGAAUGUAAUAAAACUUUAUACAAUGUUACAGUACAAUGAGAUGGAGUUCAGUGUACAUGAAUCAUUACACUAUUUUAGCAAAUUACAGAGUUAUUGCCUUUUUCUGUGUGUUUUUUGUCAAACUUUUGUCCGGACAGUAACUUGAAAACUACUAGUUGGAAUUUCAUAAAACUUCAUACAAUGAUAAAUCAUAAUGAGAGGCGGCGUUCAGGGGUAUUAAUCACCUUUAGUGAUAGCUCUAGUUGCAUCUUUCUUUAGAAUUAAGAUGAGUGUUUUAGUAUAACCCCAUACUAAAUCGUUUUUUCUGUUUAGCUUCUACAGAUGGAAAGGUUUUAGGCUUCCAGAUCCGUGAUAUGAUCAACGAUCUUGCUGAAUAUUUUUUGUUUCCUUUAACUAUAAUUCUGACUACAAUACAAAAGUAUUUAAAACCUGCUUCAUACUUUGUAUUAGUAUUCUUGGCAUUAUCAGAAAAUGAUGCAUUCUGUGUGAUUCCCAUGACCAACCACUUAAAUACAAGUUUUAACUGAACUCAUUUUGCUGUGGAAAUCUAUCUAACAAUUGAGAAUGGUUAAGAAUGGACUUCGGAGGCUCUGGUGUCUAAAUUGUACAUAGGAUGUCACUUAUUUAGUAUUCCUUUUCUUUUCAGGGGUUAGUUUGUUUUUAUCAGGAUAGCUUCAUAGGUUUCCAUAAAGGAUUGACGCUAAACAUCAAAACAAUUUGGUAUGGCCAAAUUGAAUGAUGUACCUAUAUACAUGACUUCUGUGUAAGCUUGUUGAAUCUCAUUUCUAAUCAGUCAUCAUAAUGAAACCAUACACUGGUUUCUCACUUUGGUAACUGUUGUGUUUUGGUGCAUUUCAGUUUGUUGUAUAAAUCAUUGUAUGAUUGAUGAUUUAGCAAUAUUUACAAUGUUUGGAAGGGAAAAUGAUCAGUUUUGUACACAUUUUUGCUUACAGUUUAGUAUGUCCCAAGUUUAUUAACAUCUCUUGCAAACUUUCAUUUCUUACCAUUUACCAUAUAAAUGUAUAUAAAAUAUAAAUGCAUUUGAGCAUACCCAAUUGUAUACAUCUUACUAUACCCAACCCCUCACAUGUUUACCAUUGUUGCAGUCAUAGUUUUGUUUGGCUGUUUUUUGGCAGCAGUAUGCAAAAACUUGAAUGUGGACAAGAUGUACCCGGUACAGGUUAACGAAUGCCUACAUUUAUGUGUAGAGGUCUCUCACAAUGGCUAAAAUAUUUCAAGAUUUAUGCCACCUGAUCUACUGGGAAAAAUAGACAAGUGUUAGCCUUACAUUUCGUGCUUGGACAUGAAAUAUACAUGUGUAGUUUCUGCUGCCACAUAUGUUAGAGUCUGUCAACCACAAAACACACCCUUGGUUUAUAUAAAAUUAUCUGGAUUUGAUUUAAGUUCACUGCCACUAUAUCAAGGUAACUCCAUUAUAUUUUCUUUAGGAACACAGGAAAACGUACUACCGUAUUUAAAGAAAAUAAUCACUUGGUUACAUAGGCAAAGUUAUGAUAAUGACAUGACUGUGAAAUAGGAGUAUUCAAAACACUAUACAAUAUAUACAGGUGACGCAGGGAGGACAGACCCAGUGCAUUAGCGGUUUCCUAGGUUUGGACGUUCCACCACCGGCCGGGCCAUUAUGGAUUCUGGGGGAUGUUUUCAUUGGACAGUUCUACACAGAGUUUGACCAAGCAAACAACAGGCUAGGAUUUGCUACUGCUGUACAGCCUUCCAGUUUAUAAACUGUUCAAUAUUGUUUGAAUAAAGAAGAGAAUAUCAAAGCGA